UGAGGAAACGACGUCGUGGUUUCUAUUUUCGGUGACAGCCCCAAAUGCUAAUUGCUAAACCCUCUUGCCCGCCACCGUCAGUCCCAUUUCGCAGUUGAGCGACGACAUAGCUAUGGCUUUAAUCAAUUCAGAGCUACGGUCACCACGAUAUCUCUCUAUCCUCUCUCGUUAUAUCGUCAAGUCUUUCUCUUCGUCCUCCUCUUCUUUGUCCUUGCCAUCACAUCUUCAACACGAAGAGGACUUGGAGGACAACGAGACCGAGACGACGCCGACCAACGCCUUAUCACCUGAAGAAAUCCUAAUCGCGGACAAAUUUCAAUCUCUUAUCAAAGAACACCACCGCAAAAACCCUAACCCUAACCGGACUCCGGCCCCUCCACUAUCUAAUUUCACAUUUUCGUCUCUGUCCAUCGACUUUGCGGAAAUCUCCACUGCUCAUCUAGUUUCGCCGGCUAUCGUGCGUCGCGUGAUAGAGAAAUGCGGUGCAGUCCGUCGUGGAAUCCCCUUACUCCAGGCGCUGUCUUUCUUCAAUUGGGCCACGGCCCAAGACGGGUUUGCUCACUCACCCGAGUUCUACAACGAAAUGGUGGACCUCGCCGGGAAGGUGCGGCAGUUUGAUUUAGCGUGGCAUGUGAUUGAUCUGAUGAAGGCGACGAAUGUGGAAAUUACCAUUGAGACCUUCUCGAUUCUCGUUCGCAGAUACGUCAGGGCCGGAUUGGCUGCGGAGGCUGUUCAUACUUUUAAUCGUAUGGAGGAGUAUAGCUGUAAGCCUGAUAAAGUUGCAUUUUCCAUUGUGAUUAGUAUACUUUGUAAGAAGAGAAGAGCCACUGAAGCUCAGUCAUUUUUUGAUAACUUGAAAGAUAAGUUUGAGCCAGAUGUUAUUGUGUAUACAAACUUGGUUCGUGGGUGGUGUAGAGCCGGUAAUAUAGCAGAGGCAGAGAGGCUAUUUAAGGAGAUGAAAAUGGUUUCGAUUAGCCCUAAUGUGUUUACUUACAGUAUUGUGAUUGAUGCAUUGUGUAGGUCUGGGCAAAUCACGCGCGCCCAUGAUGUUUUGGCAGAGAUGAUUGAUAUAGGAUGUGAGCCAAAUUCUGUCACUUUCAAUAAUCUGAUGCGUGUUCAUGUCAAGGCUGGUAGGACGGAGAAAGUUUUGCAGAUUUAUAAUCAAAUGAAGAGGCUUAAGUGCACCCCUGAUACGAUUACGUACAAUUUUCUUAUAGAUUGUCAUUGUAGAGAUGGGAAUCUUGACGAGGCCAUCAAAGUACUGAAUUCGAUGGUUAAGAAUGGGUGCAGUGCGAAUGCAUCUACAUUUAAUAUGUUAUUCAGGUGCAUUGCAAAGGUACAGGAUGUGAAUGGUGCUCACAGGAUGUAUGCAAAGAUGAAGGAGUUGAAAUGUGAGCCUAACACUGUGACUUACAAUAUAUUGAUGCGGAUGUUUGUUGAUUCAAAAUCAACUGACAUGGUGUUUAAGCUGAAGAAGGAGAUGGAUGAGAAUGAAAUUGAGCCGAAUGUGAAUACUUAUAGCGUUUUGAUCUCUAUGUUCUGCGGGAUGGGGCAUUGGAACAAUGCUUACAAGUACUUCAAGGAGAUGGUCGAGGUGAAAUGCUUGAAACCAAGCUUGCCAGUUUACGAGACGGUCCUAAAGCAACUAUGGAAGGCAGGGCAGCUACAGAAGCAUGAAGAGUUGGUGGAGAAGAUGGUUGAGAGGGGAUUCGUUGCACGAGCCUUGUAGAAUAAACUAUUUUGACCACUGCAAUGAGCCGAAUUAGUCCCUUCUUUAGGAGCACCUGAUUGUUGAUGUUGCUAUCAUCCGAAUUCCAAUUCUUCUUGUUACCAUGAAGGCAUUACUUAUGCUUGAUAUUGGUCUAUGAAUCAGACAUCAAGAAGCCCAUCCAGGACUGCCAGAUAUAUUAUUGAAGAACAAAGGGAUUGGAUCAAAACUCCACAAAUGAUGGGUGAGUGAAAAACUAAUCCUCAAUACACUCCUCUCUGUCCAAAGUUCAUUUUUUUUCUCUCAUCAGUGCAUGACUGUUUAUCUAUAGUCAAAGUUUGUAGUA